AUGUCGACAGCGGAGAACUGGCCGGGAAGAAACAAAUCCGUUCCGCCAGCGGCUGCUCCGUGGUCAAAUGUUGCAAGAAACUCGCGCUCUGAAUCUGAAGGGGAGAUGUUCGAGAAGAAGAUCGAGAAGGCAAACCACCUCAGUGAUGGACCGCCGAAGCCUGCGAAGGUUCCGCGCAAAGUGAAGGCGAACAAGGAGUUAGAGGCCGGUAAGAGCAAGUGGAGCGAGUUCCAGAUCGAGGGCAAGCUGGGGAAGAUGGCGAAAAAGGACAGCAUGUUCCGGGCGCCGGAGGGUGUCAACGCCAGAGUGGGCUUCACUAGCUCUGGUUAG